AUGCUUCCUGCUGGUUCUCCCGGGGUGAGGCGCCAGUACAGAAGGUUGUUUUGUCCCGGAUCCCGCGACAGAUCGUCUGCGUCCCACGGAGAAGACGAGUCCAUGUGUUGUCUGCGAUGGUGCUGCAAAAAGCGGUCUUCGCCGGGGUCUUGUUCCGCAGAACUCAGCUGUGACAAGGACUCCGAGCCACGUUGCAUUGCUGGCUUUGGCAAUGCUUACUCUGGCGUGGAGUUUCGCCUCCACCAGCCGAACGCCAACAAUUCGGCUGGAAUGAAUAACAAGCAGUACCAGCACGCGCACGGACGUGACGAACCGUGUUCGCGAGGCUGUCGUCCGAGCACCGAGUCUCGCUCCACGCGCAGCUCGGGCUUCACGUCGUGCUCAGUAAGCAGCGGGGUCGGAGCACCUCCAACAGCAGUUUUCAAUAAGUCUCAGAAUGAAAACCUUCAAUCCUCGGGAGAAGGCAACGCAAGGCAGUCGACGGGGAUUCCGCAAUUCCCCGACAGAGACUUGUCUACCGGCUUUGUUGAAGAGGCCCUCGACAGAGGAUCCUUGUGCUCGCCGACAAAAGCGGGCAAGCAUGCGAACCCCUUGGCCCGGGGAACUUCCCCACUUGCCCGGCAGCUGAUUCCCUGCUCCUCUCGCCAAACUCGACGCCAGUUAAUGACGUGGGCGGGAUCCGCUGCUUCGAACAGUCGCCGUUUUCCUCGCAAUUCCACGAUGAGGGGUCGUCUCCCAGAUAAAAUUCGCUACUGUCAAUUGCUCUCCGUUUCGCUUUGUCAAACAAAUUGCUCUGAAACCAUGCUGGUAUACGAUUCGGGCUGA